UUUUUCAACCAACGGGACCUUUAUAUUUAUAAUGUCACAUGGAAAUGCUGUGAAGAGAAUUUACCCACUAUUUGAAGUUCAACUACGGGUCAUUUUAAUGAUAACUUUUGUCUGAGCCGGUGUCUCACGGAAUUUCGCCCUUUUACUUUACUAAGGAAAUUGUAAAAUCUUUACCAUGGGUCGUAAAUUCGUUGUCGGUGGAAAUUGGAAAAUGAAUGGUCAGAGCAACCAGAUAAAUGAAAUUGUCAAUAACUUGAAGAACGGAUCCUUGGAUCGCAGUGCUGAGGUUGUAAUUGGAGUGCCAGCCAUUUAUCUGGCUCAGGUCAGAUCCAAUCUACCCAAAAGCAUUGGUGUUGCUGCUCAAAACUGCUGGAAGGCUGACAAGGGGGCUUUCACAGGAGAAAUAUCUGCACCUAUGAUCAAGGAUGUCGGUGCAGAGUGGGUGAUUCUAGGUCAUUCUGAAAGGAGAACUAUUUUUGGCGAAUCUGACAGUUUAGUGGCUGAGAAGGUAGCCAAUGCCCUUCAACACAAUCUUAAAGUAAUAGCCUGUAUUGGUGAAACACUUGAAGAACGGGAGUCUGGCAAGACUGAGGAAGUUGUAUUCAGACAAACUAAGGCUCUAGUGCCAGCUAUUGGUGACAAGUGGAACAAUGUUGUCUUGGCAUAUGAACCAGUAUGGGCUAUUGGAACUGGCAAGACUGCCUCUCCACAACAGGCUCAAGAUGUCCACGCAUCUCUUCGUAAAUGGCUGGCUGAGAAUGUAUCUGCAGAAGUUGCUCAAUCAGUCCGUAUCCAAUAUGGUGGUUCAGUGACUGCUGCAAAUGCAAAGGAGUUGGCAGCUUGUGAAGAUAUCGAUGGUUUCCUGGUUGGUGGAGCCAGUCUUAAACCUGAGUUUGUUAACAUUAUUAACGCUAGGCAGUGAAUAUAUCAUGUGUCAAUAUGUAUGUAAGAAUAUAUUAUCAAAAAGUUUUUUAUUUAUAAUAUUAUACAUUGUAUAGUCUUUGAGAUUGCUUCCUAUGAUUUUUGUUGCAUUGGAAUCAGUAAAAUCUAUUCGAUUUA